AUGGAAGCCAAAAUAAACUGCGACAUUUGCCACCGCGGCCACCAUAGCAAGGACCGGCCGUUCCUUUGUGUCGUGGAUGCGAGGAACCGUCUCUAUGAGACCCGUCUCGAGUACACCAAGGCGCUUAUUGAGACAGACCAGCUCGAGCGCGAGGUGAAUGCCGCCAUUUCCAGCGAGACGGGACAGAUCCCCAACAAAGCUGUCCGGCUGGAGACGCUCAAGUCGGAUACGGCAGCUGCAGUCGAGCGAACGAACGAGAUCAUCGCGCAGGCCGACAAGUUGAGAAGCGAGGUUGAUGCUGCGCGAAAGGCGAUCGAGGAUAAGAAGAAGCUGCUCGCCCAACGGAGAUCUGAUCUUGAGGCUGUGUCGACUGGUGCCGAAGCCAGGAGAAGCAGGCAGCUGGAAGAGACGCAACGAGCCAUCCACAGAACCAGGUACAAAUGGAAUCGCAGUGCCGACACGAUGGCGGCGACGAGAGCCUUCUUGUGUGAGGAAGCUGCCAGGCUGUAUGGGCUGCGCCAGGUCAAGAAGGGCAGCACCAAGCGGUUCGAAAUUGGCGGUAUCGAAAUCUUUGACCUCCAUGCCAUGAAUAAUUUGUCGCCCGAAGUGAUAUCGACUGUCUUUGCCCAUGUGGCGCACAUUCUCGUGUUGGCCUCGCAUUAUCUGGCGAUCCGGCUGCCGGCGGAAAUCACACUCCCUCAUCGUGACUACCCUCGCCCGACAAUAUUCUCGGUGAACUCUUCCUACCACCAUGGGGAUGUACCAUUCCCCGGAACAGCCAUGUCAGGACAAUCUGGAAAUCCACGGCCCCGUCCGCUCUUCAUCGAAAAGGCGCUCCUGACACUGGCAAAGGACGAUCCAAACACGUACUCUGCGUUCCUUGAGGGCGUUGGUUUGCUGGCGCAUGAUGUUGCUUGGCUGUGUGCAUCGCAAGGAGUGUCUUUCGGGGACAGGGAAUCGUACGACGAUGUUUGCAACAUCGGACACAACCUGUGGCGGCUGCUCAUUGGUGAUCAACUCCACCGCCGGUCUCUCGAACCAACCUUCCCAUCUUCGCUCACACCACCAGCCGGGAGUCCAAGGGAUGGGGACAGUGGCGAUGUGACAAAACCGAAGUCAAUGAUUGGUCGCUGGUCGCAUGGGACGGCUCACACCUCGCUGACGAGUGCCGAAGGCGUGGAAGUCGUCCGAAACUUCAAGAUCCACGCGCCGCUGAAGUUGGCUGAUCGUCUGAAGAAGCGACUGGCGAGCGAAGCUCCGAUGCUGGAAUGGGAAAAUAUCGAGGGCGACGAGUUCGAAGAUGGGUUUGAGGACGUGCGAGCUGCUGGUACAAGCGAUGGUACAAGUGGUGGUACAAGUCGGGGAACAAGCGGCUGGACCAGAGUCAAGCAUCGGUAG